UGCGCUGGUAAAGUUCGUUCAACAUGAAUAUUUUGUAUGCAGUUAUAUUUUUGCUGCUAAAAAUUCAAUUAAAUACGAACUGCGCAUUUGCUAAAAAUGCAACUGAGCGGACUGCAUAUGAAACAAAGAUUUAUCUACUAAAUAAUGACGAAGCUACAAGUAAAUGCGAGCAGCCGAAAUUCGAAUUCGAAAAGCUGCAAGCAAAGAUUCGAGAACAGGAAUUGACUAUUGCAAGACUAGAAGCAAAAUGCUUAGCUGUUCCAACUGAAGCAACAAGUUGCCUGCCAUUUGGCAAAUCGAAUGAAAUUCAAAGAAUUCGCAUACCAGGCACUGAGUCCUUUCAGGUGCUAUGUGCUGCCAAAAUUGCUGGCGAGGGCUGGACAGUAAUUUUAAAUAAACGCCAGCAUACUGGCAGUUUUUAUCGCACUUGGAAUGAAUAUAGAAAUGGCUUUGGCGAUUUGCAGGAUGAUUUCUUUAUCGGACUGCAGCGUCUGCAUCUGAUGACAAAAUUUCAGCCACACGAGCUUUAUGUUGAAAUUAAAGAUUUUUGGAAUACAACAAGCUAUGCUAGCUAUAGCAAUUUCUCAAUUGGCAAUGAAACUGAAGCAUACAAAUUGUUAACAUUGGGCACAUUUACUGGAGGCAAGGAUUACUUUAAAACUCAAUUGCACAUGAAAUUUUCAACUUUAAAUCGUGAUAAUGAUAAUGAUGUGAGAAAUUGUGCUACUAUUUUUCAGUUUGGUUGGUGGUAUAACACCUGCAGAGUUGGACGCGAUUCUGUUGCUAAUAUAUUUACGAACUUUGUGCAGCUGCUAAUCAGACCCAUUUAGCUGCAAUGCACUGUGGAUAAAAUGCGCAAAAUUGUGAACAAAAAGUUGCAUUUCAAAGCUAUAACAAAAAU